GGAGGCUGGCAACAGUGUCCCGUCGCCAUCGGCCUCAGUCGGAACAGGUAAUCUGUGGCAAUCGGAUCGGCAGUGUCUAAAGCCCGAAUAAAAGUGAUGAGGCCGAAGAGUGAUCUCAAGAUAAACCUCAAGUUAGGGUAAUAUGACGGCCGAUACGUCAGCGAGCGCGAGUACAAGUGUGAGUAUGGGGCGGAAAGGCGAGAAAGAAGUGAUUCACUCGGGGCACUUCAUGGUCUCGGAUUUCGAGGCUGAUGCCCAAGAUGACGAAGAGAACGUCCUCCUGGAGAUCCCUGGCGACGGGGGCAUCGCCAGCAGCGGCUUCACCCUGGCAGGACCCGGGGUCGAGGCCCAGGACCAGGGAGUCAUUACUUACCAUGCCACAGGGAUGGACAGGGCGAGCAGGGUGGAAACUGUGAGCAUCGACAGCUCCCUCACUAAGCUCUUCAAGACGAUGUCCAUUGCGUACAGCCACAAGAUCUCGUCGCCAAAAUGGAACAGAUUUAAGGGGCUGAAGCUGUCUUGGAAGGACAAGAUUCGCCUCAACAACGUCAUCUGGCGGUGCUGGCAUAUGCAGUUUAUUCGAAGGAAGAAAAUGACGGUUUGUCAGUUCGCCCUCGAUGUUGACAUUCACAAUAAGCCUGAGGCGAUUGUGUUGGAAGGGAAGUACUGGAAGCGGCAGUUAGAUGCAGUCACGGCCGAAUACAAGAAGUGGCGGAUAUACUACAAAAAUAAGAUCAGCGGCAAAAGCAUUCUCGACAGCGAUGCGUCUCGUACCAAGACGAUGGAAAAGUCUAAAUCUUUAGAUGAAAAAAAGUUAAAGUCCAUUUUUGACCUGGAUGGCAUGGACUUCUCCAGAGGGUCCGGGAUGCAAGUGUCGCUGGACGACGGAGACCUCUCGGAGUUCAUGGACUUUACCAGCGUCCUCUUCUCCUCCCUCAUUAGUCCGUCGCAAGCCUUUGCCUUCCCUAAUCCCAGGGAGAUUGCGAGGGGUACGGGUAACUCGGACUUCAUUCAGCCUGGCCUGAUCCAGCUCCAGCCAAACCUCGAUGACUUCAUGGAUAUUGUCGAACCACUGCAAGACCCGUCAGUUAUCGUGGGAAAGCUCAGUCCAGAAAAAGAGAUGCUGGCUGGCCGUGGCCUCGCGACCGUGCCGGAAGAGGACUUUCUUCCCGAGGUGGGCGAGACGCCGGAGCUGCCCACCGCCUCGCCGCCGCCCGUCUCGCUGCCCCUCCAUUACAACACCGAGGCCCACGCCAACACCUUCCUGGAGUCCUCGUCCCCCACCCACGCCCACUCCCCGUCGCACAAGGCCAUCGCGCCCCUUCCUCAGCAGCACCCCUCCAGCGUAUUCCCCGCCGGGCAGAUACCACUGCAACAGCAGCACCAGCAGCACCAGCAGACAUCAAUCAAGUCCCCGCAGCAGCAGCAGCAGCAGAAGGAGCCGCAGCUGGUCCCUCUCCCCACCCAGUCGCCCCCCGCGUCCUUCCAAGCCUCCCUGGGAAUCGCCUCCGUGCCUGCUCAAGCCCAGCAUCUCCAGCCCCAGCAGCAGUCCCCGAAUUCCUCGCUACAGCUCCAGCAGCCCCCCACCCCGCCCCAGCAGCAAUUGCAACAGCUUCAGCAGCCCCUGACGCCGCCCCAGCAACAGCUGCAACAGCCGCUCUCCCCGCAGCUGCAGAGUCAGCAGUGCCCCCGCUCCUUCAUUCGCAGUCAUAGUCAGCAUGACCUCAGCACGCCGCCGCAGCCGAUCUCCCUCGGCGACAGCUCCUUUGUCGUGCCAAGCGCUGUACCUCGGCGCCGCUCCCACAGUUCAGGAGGGAGUAACAGCAGCAGUGGCCUCGUAGGAUCACCUUCCCUGGCCCCCCAUCAGGUGAUCAGUUCUGUGCCAGUGACAAGUUUGCCUCACCUGCUUCCAGCUCUGAACUCAAUGACUGCCACAUCCUUGUCGCAUGUGGCCCCUACUGCUCCCCCCACAGCCUCAGUUCAAGCGUCAGGCACAUCUCUCGUGACUGCACCCGUGAUCGCUCCAAGCAGUUCACCAGCGGGAUCAGCUUUACUUGCUCAACUUCUUACAUCAGGGUCUUAUUCAGUCAGUUGCAAUAGCCAGCCAACCAACACAAACCAGUUGGCAUCCAUCGGCAGCACCAACCAGCUAAACAACCUGGGAAACAACAAGAGCUGCAACAACGUCAAAGUUUCCUUGGUCAUACCUGGAGUUAUUACCGGAAACUCUAGCAACAGCAGCUGCAGCAGUAGCAGCAGCAGUAGUUCUAGCCUCUGCAGCAUCAACAGCGUCACCAACAUCAAGCCCAGUGUGUCAACACCCCUACUCAUGCCACCAAUCACACUCUCUGCUGUAACUCCCUCCACUCUCAAGACACAGAGCUUCAGCCAGUUAUCACCAUGGAGUCCAUGCUCACCACAGGGUAUAAUAAAGCAGUCUCCACCUCAUCCAGAACCGUCUUCACCCUUGAUGAUGAAUGUCCCUUCACCACCUACAAAAGCCUUCAGACCCAAGAGUGAUGUGGAACGCGUGCAAUACAAAGAACACCGGCGAGUCUGCCAUAUCAAUGCAGAACAGAAACGUCGGUCAAACUUGAAAAACAAUUUUGACAUAAUGCAUCAACUUAUUCCUUCCAUCAGUCAGAAUCAUAAUGCAAAGAUCAGCAAAGCAGCCAUGUUACAGAAAGGUGCCGAGUACAUCCAGCAGUUGAAAGCUGAAAGGCAACAACUGAGUGACCAAGCAGAAAAGUUCCGUGCUCAGAUUGAAAGCCUCAGUCUUGAGAUAAGCAAUGCACAAUCCUUACUGCCUGCCACUGGUGCCCCUAUGACACAUGCCCGUCAUAGCAAGCUCAAGGAAAUGUUCAAUAACUAUGUUCGGGAACGUACACUAGCAAACUGGAAAUUCUGGAUUUUUUCCCUUAUAACAGAGCCACUGUUAGAAUCCUACAACAACAGCGUAAGCAUCAACUCUUUGGAUGACUUGUGCCGUUCUUCUUUAGCUUGGCUGGAUCAGCAGUGUUCCCUCAAUGUCCUACGUCCCUUGGUUUCAAACUCAAUGCGAAAGCUGAGCACAACCACAAAUGUAUUGGCUGAGCCUGAAAACUUGCCGGAGGAGAUCUACCGCCGUGUCACAAAGCAGGAAGGAGAGAGGUACCCUACGUCCCGGUGAUUAAAGGCUACAAAUCCUUCCCACCUACCAAGAGCCAGGAGAAGAAAAGACAUUGCCUGCUUAUCUCGGCAGGAAAGAAAGCAGUGCACACAAUGGGAGAGCUGAUGUUCUGAACGUCUUUUGCUUCGUAGCAUUGAUAUGACAGUUGCCAGUGUGAAGCUGCUUGUGAUUUUUUAAAAUUUUCUUCUUCUCUUCCUCCUCCUCCUCUUUUCUUUUCAUGGCAGCAGUACCAAUACCACUGAAGGAAGGGAAACCAAGUCUUAAUGUGAAUGAUAAAGUUAUCAUUUACAGUUUUGAGAGAGGGUUCUGAAAUUUGUAAAUUUUGAGAUAAUCUUCCCAAAUUAUGUAGCUUCAGAGAUACUUUUUUCAUUGAUUACAUUAUAUAUGUAUGUGUGUAUAUGCGUAGGUAUAUAUAUAUAUAUA